AAUGGUCACAGAACACUGGCACAGUAUUCUGUGACGCUGUUAAUCUGUGAGAUUGACGAAAACGGUGUAUACAUAAAAUAAAUUUAAAUUAAUAAUUACUAGAUUGUUCUGAGAUAUUUUGAUCGUUAAUGGUGUAUAUCAAUAGCUUAAUCCAAAUCUAGUUUACCAUUUACUAUCCUGCCAACGUCAUUAUAUCUGUAAUAGCUGACGGGAAAAGUCACAAAGUUUUUGUACGCUUGAAAAGUACUAGUCAUUCCAGGCAAACAUGGCUGACGACGUACCGGUAAAUAGUAAAGAAAAGGAUAAGAAACCCCAGAAAAAAUCAUCAGUUGGUGAAAAAGAAUCUUCAAACAAAAUAACAGUUAACAUUAAAACUCCAAAAGAAAAAGAAUCGUUUGUAGUGAGUGCUGAUGCUUCAGUGAAAGACUUGAAGGAAUUGAUUAGAGAGAAGUUUCCCGCAGAACCUGAUCAACUAUGCCUUAUUUUCGCUGGGAAGAUCUUGAAAGAUAAUGAUAGUCUGGCCCAACAUAAAAUUAAAGAUGGACUCACUUUACAUUUGGUUAUCAGAGCAGCUCAGACUCCGAGAAAUGCAGAAAGUUCAUCUUCAGAAACUUCAGGUCGGCCUGAACCUACAAUCCCAUCAACCAACCCUUUCAACACUAUAGGUAUGGGAGGAUUUCCUAAUUUCAAUCAGCUAGGCUUGGGUGGAAAUUUGAAUAUGUCAGAACUCCAAUCCAGAAUGCAAAGUGAGCUACUUGCUAAUCCUGAAAUGCUAAAUAAUGUACUAGAUAAUCCUUUGGUACAAAGAAUAAUGUACAACCCUGAUAAUAUGAGGGCUCUCCUCACUAGAAAUCCGCAGAUGCAAGAACUAAUGGAGAGAAAUCCAGAAAUUAAUCAUAUGCUCAACAACCCAGAUCUCUUGAGGCAAACAAUGGAGCUGGCCCGCAAUCCUGCUAUGUUGCAAGAACUCAUGAGGAGCCAUGACAGGGCCAUAAGCAACUUGGAGAGCAUCCCUGGAGGUUAUAAUGCAUUACACAGAAUGUAUCGUGAUAUACAGGAGCCCAUGUUAUCUGCAACUACUGAUCAGUUGGUUCGCAAUCCUUUCGCAGGAUUGGUUGGUAAUACGUCUGCUAAUAAUCCACAACAAGGACGAGAAAACACUGAACCACUUCCGAACCCAUGGAACCCGAAUCAAACUUCAACUCCAAAUACUAUGCCGAGCUCAGCUACCCCGGAUGCCUCUUCGUUGCCAAGCUUUAUGCGACAAGUAGCUGGAAACCCAGUACCGGUACAGGAUAUGAUUUCGGAUCCCCUUGUGCAAUCUGCAGUGGAAGCUUUGUUGACCGAUCCCAGCACGACAACUCCUAUUAUUGCAAGCAACCCUUUGCUUGGGGGAAAUCCUAUGUUACAAGAACAAAUGCAAGCCCUGUUGCCUCAUUUCAUUGAACAGCUGCAAAGACCAGAAAUUUCUUCUAUCUUAUCGAAUCCCCAGGCAAUGAAUGCCAUCUUACAAAUACAACAAGGCAUGGAGACUCUCAGGCAAACGGCUCCCAAUUUGCUAAAUACGGCUAUUCCAGGAAAUACGUCUGGAACUGCCCAGUCAAGUACUGGAAAUCAGGCAAGCAGCACUACUGCCAGUACAACAACUACCAGUUCCAAUCCAACUCUUAAUUCUAAUAAUCCGUACUCAGAGUUUAUAGCUCGAGUUGCAAGCGAUCUGGGCAUUCAUGAUAAUUCUGUACCACCAGAACAACGCUACCAAUCCCAGCUGAACCAACUUGCCGCUAUGGGUUUCGUCAACAGAGAAGCUAAUUUGCAGGCACUUAUAUCUACAUUGGGAGAUGUUAAUGCUGCUGUAGAGAAAUUAUUGGCUCUGGGCCAGUUGUCCAUGAGCUAACCUUUGAAAAGAAUUCUCAUGGACCGUAAGAACUCCAUUUUACUUUAUUAUUGCAUUGAUAGUUUAUUUUAUUAACAAUUGUUUAUAUAGGUUCAAAAAUCUAGAUGGUAGAUAUUUCGAUGAAAAUGGUCUUGGCAACUUUCCAGUUUUGUCUCACGUAUAUUUUAUUUUAACGUUUUUGGGAUUGUACUUUUUUUAUCGAAGUCUAGCAUCAGAUUAAAUGUUCUGUUGUUAUGCUGUGUUGUGAUGAUGGCCUCGUUCUUCAACACUCUUGAAAUAGACGUAAAAAUUCUCCUUGAUUAGUGCCUCUACCUUUCUAUUGCGCCCAAGUAAAAUGAUUUUUUAUUGGUCAUUUUAUUGCAGAGAAGGGAGAAAAUGAGCGUAUGUCAGCAUUCUGAAGUACUUUUAAGUUUACUUUAAAUAAAUAUGUAGGGUUUUCAGGAAAUACAAUCGAGUAUUACUUCAGGUUUCAGUUUCUUAUUUUCAACAUGUGAGUAGAUAGUCGAAAACGGUAAUUGUUAUUUUUUGAAUACCCUCUUUCUUAUACGCACUGGAAAAUGAACCAUUCCAAAAAAGAAGAUGAACAAUUUCAUCCGCUACUUUUUGUUUCCAUUGAGAAGAAAAGGUCUAUUUUAUUCGUUUUAUCUUUUAUGUACCCUUACAUCUAUAUUACCGUUAUUCUUUUUUUAUACUUCAAAUUAUUCAGAUCCUAAAUGUUUUAAAUAUUUUUAUUCUAGUCAAGAAACUAAGCAUUGUAACGUUUUCAGUUUUUUUUUUUCUAGUUCAUUGACAUAAGAAUAACAUUUUUUAAACUGCGGAAUUUUAAUUUUUAUUUAGGAGAGAAUUGAAGGAUAAAUAAAGAUAUUUCAU